GGGGACGAUGCUCGCGCUCACCUUCGCCUGCCGCGCGCUGCUCGUCGCCCUGCUGCCCGAGGCGGUUCAGACCGACAGAACUGCGCCUUUCCUGAUCGCCGACAACAUGUGGCCUCGUGGUUGUGUCCUGGACUGCCAGAGGGGGCGCCACCGAGCCAUGUGCGGCAGCAACGGCCGCCUGUAUAAAUCGCCGUGUGCGUUCCAGAGGGCCCGGUGCAUCAACACGGGGCUCCGCCUCGCUCCGCGGGCGCACUGCUCAGACCCGAGUCAGUCCAAGUGCCAGCUGGCCCGGGCUCAGGCCCUGGAGGCCGCCGCCCUCCACAGCGCCGGCCGCGUCAGCCCGGUGGCGGCCGCCUUCGUGGCCGAGUGCAGCGCGGACGGCCACUUCCUGCCAGUGCAGUGCCACAACCAGACCCGGUACUGCUGGUGCUCCAUGCCCGACGGCAAACCCGUCAGCGGGACCUCGGUCCUCCACCUGAUGCCCGACUGUACCGAUCACAUCGCCAGGUUGGCUCAGGCCGGCGAUGCAGAUUCCGCUCCAAAUGAAGAUGAAGUUGGGGAACCAGGACCGACGUUGGAGCCCAGGAAACCGACAGAGCGGAUCGCUCCCCCGUUCUGGGUGACCAUGCUGAUGAACUCCGACCCUCGGGGGAACUUCUCCGUCAGACGACCCACUGGCACUCCUCAGACGUGCGAGCGCGAGCGGGCGUCGCUGCUCUAUCGCCUGAGCUCGUCCUGGCAGGAGGAGCGCUUCGUCCCAGAAUGCACUGCAGACGGCCUCUACAGCCCCGCGCAGUGCCACGCUGCCACAGGUUACUGUUGGUGUGUCCGGGUGGACAGUGGCAGGCCGCUGCCAGGCACAUCCACGAGGAAUCGCAUCCCAGAGUGCACUGGGGCAGAGGAGGCGCCUUCAGACAGGAAGCCCAGGAAAAACCCUCUGCCUGGGUGUCCCGGAGCGCGUAGGAAGCACUUCCUGCAGAGUCUGGUCAGAGCCCUGCAGCUGGAAGCAGAGCAUGCUGGGAGUCUGAGUCUCCACCAGUUUUCCUCCCCGUCUCUUUCCUCCACACCUCCCUCCGGCUCUGCCUCUCCACCCUCCAACACUCCGUCCCCCUCCUCCACUCUGGAGGCCGCGGAGUUCUCCGGGCCGGAGGCGGCGCUGCGGUGGCACUUCGGCCGUCUGGACGCGGACUCCAGCGGGUCGCUGAGCGAACGCGAGGCCCGACCCCUCCGGCAGUUCCUGCGACGGAGGCUGAAGCCGCGGCGGUGCGCCAAGAAGUUCGCCCAGCACUGCGACGGAGACGGAGACCGAGGCCUGACGCUGGAGGAGCUGAGGGUCUGCCUGGGCCUCUGAAAGAAGACCUGGUGACGAGGUCACGGUUCAAUCCAUUCGUCCAUAACAUCAAGGGCAUCGUCUCUUUGCAUCCUUUUCAUCGACACCGAUAAAAGGGACCAGGAUGCAUUGCGGGAAAGCGGCGAGGCUCGCUAUGUUACACAAGCGCCGCUCUUCAUCUGAUGAAUCCAUGAAAAUGCCAAUGGAGCGAUGUUUUGUCAUCCCUACCUCGACACCUUCUGAAUUCAAGCGUCUCUCUUCCACCAAACUGAGACAAAGUUGUUGUUUAAACUUCUUUUGAAUGGGACAGAAACAAAAGAAGUCUUUCCAGCGACUCGGAGUGAGCUCUGUUCCGAUGAGAAGGGAGAACGUCCACGCAACCGAUGGUCAAGUGGUCACUUUGGGCUAAAAGUAAUCCUUUCCUUCAGUCCUUUGAUUCCUUCCUCCUUCACUAGAUCCUGAAUCCUUCCUUCCAUCGUUCCUUCCCUUUCCUCCUCUCCUUUCCUUGAUCUAUUUCUUUCACCCUUGGUGACGUUCCCUUUACAAACAUCCUUACCUUUGGUGUUCCCUUCCUCCCCCCUACUUCCUACUUCCUACUUUCCUCCCUGCUUUGUAUAUACUUUGCUGGCCCGUAUUUUAUAUACAUAUUGCCAAUAUAUUGAUGUAACAUAUUUUGAUGCACAUUUUGAUCAUGUUUAAUUAAUGUUGUACACAUUAGGUUUAAGGCCGAGUCGUUUACAGUUCUCUAUUCCCUGACGUUUGUAAAUGUGAUUACAAUAAAGUGAUGAUGUCAUUG